AUGUCAGAUUCUGAUAAAGAGAACGAGAAUCAGAUUCUGGAACCUGGGGAAAAGCUUAUUGUUCCACCUUCAAUCGAUGAGCUUCUUUCUCUCAUUGACAGAAGGAGAAGCGUAAGAGGAAGAACAAGCCAAGAAACCCAUGGAAGAAGUAAAGAGAAAGCACAUGUUCAACAAAGUGGUGACUCCAAGCGACGCCAGGAAACUAAACCGGCUCGUGAUCCCAAAGCAAUACACAGAGAGAUACUUCUAUUUAGAUUCGACCACAAACGAGAAAGGUUUUCUUCUAAACUUCGAAGAUCUCUGAGGAAAGUCAUGGAGGUUCCGUUACUCUUACUGGAACAGUAG